AUUUUGUCCAAGUUCCUAAAGAUGUUGCUCUUCAUCUUGCUUUCGCUCUUCAACUUCAACCCAUCUCUGAGCCUAAAAAUCUGCUCCUUCAACGUAAGGUCUUUUGGAGAAACAAAAAUAGCCAGACCUGAAGUCGUCGAUGCCGUGGUAAAGAUCAUUUCUCGCUGUGACAUCAUGUUGCUGAUGGAAAUAAAGGAGAACAAGAACCGUGUUUGUCCUCUCCUGGUGCAGAAGCUCACCAGUCAGCUGAAGGGGCUGAAGGAGGAAUACAACUGUGUGGUCAGCGAGAGGCUGGGAAGGAAGAGCUACAAGGAGCAGUACGCCUUCCUCUACAGACAAGAUCUGGUAUCGGUGAAACAAACCUACCAGUACCCUGACGCCCAGCCUGGGGACGAGGAUGCCUUCUCCAGAGAGCCCUUCGCCGUCUGGUUCCAGUCUCCAAAAACGGCUGUCAAAGAGUUUGCUAUAAUCCCUCUGCACACCACACCAGAGACAGCAGUACGGGAGAUUGAUGAGCUCUAUGAUGUGUAUUUAGACGUAAAACAGCGCUGGAAAACUGAGAACUUCAUCUUCAUGGGGGACUUUAAUGCUGGAUGCAGCUACGUUCCCCAAAAGCAGUGGAAGAACAUCCGGCUGAGGACUUACUCCGAAUUUGUCUGGCUAAUCGGCGACAAAAAUGACACGACAGUGAAGAGAAGCACGAGCUGCCCAUAUGACAGGAUCGUGGUCAGCGGGCAGAAGCUCGUCCACGCUGUCAUGCCACACUCUGCCAACAUUUUCGAUUUCCAGAAGGACUUUCAGAUGACGGAGGAGCAGGCGCUGGGGGUGAGCGACCACUUCCCUGUAGAGUUUGAGUUAAAAACAAAAGGCGGCUUCUUCAACUGGCUGAAAUCACAGUUUUCAAAGAGGAGACGACCAAGAAAGAGCCGCCGCUUGAGCUCAUGA